AUGGAUAAGAGCAUCAUGGCUCAAAGCGUGGUCUAUGGUCUUCGACAGAAUUUGAGUCUUGUAGGCCAGCAAUAUUCGUGGUGUAGCUCGAUAUUCUUCUUCGGAUACUUGGCAGUCCAGCCGUUGACCGGCUUCUUGAUGAAUCGCAUUCCGCUAGGACGAUUUGUCGCAAUAACAUCUCUUGGAUGGGCUAUCGUUGUACUCUGCACCGCAGGUGCUUACAACUUCUCCGGUCUUAUGGCUGCUCGCUUCUUCCUCGGCAUGGCCGAAGGAUGUAUAUCUCCAGCUUACGUUCUCAUCACAGGAAUGUGGUACAAAAAGGACGAAAUUCCUCGGCGUACAACGAUCUGGUUCGCCGCCAAUGGUCUCGCUGUCAUUCUCCAAGCACUCAUCUCGUACGGCAUCGGUCAUAUCGUCGGGACUGGAGUAGCGACAUGGAAAUGGUUCUUUAUCAUUUUUGGUCUCGCGAGUCUGGUCUUGUCCGCCGUUUUGUUUUACUUUAUGCCGAACAGCCCACUCGAUGCAAAGUUUCUCAAUGAGGAAGAGAAGAUGGUUGCGGUUGAGCGACUGAGAGACAACCGAACCGGCGUUGGAAACCGAGAAUUCAAAAGGCAUCAACUCAUUGAGGCUUUGAAAGAGCCACUGGUCUACUACAACUUCUUUUUUGCCAUCUUGGUCGUUGUACCGAACAGCGGAGUAUCAUUCUUCGGCGCCCUUAUCAUUGAGGGUUUCGGGUAUGACGCGUUCGUCAGUUCCCUCCUUCUGAUGCCUUAUGGAGCAGUUAUGUGUAUCGGCCUGCCACUCGCUGGCUAUAUAACUUCGAAAUAUCCCAACACCCGGUGUAUCAAUCAAUUCGCCACUGCCUUUCCCGCCAUCAUUGGCUCUGCACUGGUAUUCUAUCUGCGGGCAGACAACCAGGCAGGCCGUCUGGCUGGGUUUUACUUAACGGCCUUCUCCAACGCCACAUUACCACUUCAGUUUGCAUCCAUGAAUUCGAAUACGGCAGGUCAUACGAAGCGUUCAAUUACUAACGCCAUCAUGUUUCUGGGAUAUGCAACCGGCUUCAUCAUCGGUCCACAGUUCUUCUUGACUUCGGAGGCUCCUGUCUACCAGACUGGCUUCAGAACUAUGUUAAUCACCUUCACAUUGCUAACCGCUGCGCCAGUUGGCAUGUAUGCUUAUCUGACUUGGCAGAACUCAAAGAGGGAUGCAGCAGUCAUGCAUAGUGGAGGCGAAAACGUCUACACUGAGAAUGAGGAAUUCUUAGACUUGACGGAUAGGGAACAAAUCCACUUCCGUUAUGCGAAGUGA